UCGCCCAGAUGCUCCUACCACGCGCACCCGUCUGGGAAAAUCCGUGCCACGUGACAAUGUUUACUUUGUUCUAGACAGCAACAGCCAGCUGCACGCCGUCCGCUGUGGCCUGAAAUGUUUUAGUUACCUGACCAGUUAACCAGACACAGCUGAAUAAAAGAGAUGAGCCUCUCCAGACAGCGAGCCGGAGACCUGGUGAGCAUCUAUGAUCAGAGUUUGGAGCAGCAGAUCGUGGGUCGAGGCUCCAGCCUGGCCUGCGGAGAUGAGGAUCUGUGGAAGCAGGUGGAGGCCCUGCUGAAAGACGGAGAGGCUCAGGAGACACACUGCCUGGGUGUGGAUCCACUGAGGGUGAUGGAGGAGUCGCUCACAGCAACGGCCGGUGGGGCUGCGCGACUAAAAGCCAAAGCAGGGCUGAAGGGCCUGGCCAAAGCUUUUGAGGUCCUGGAGCAGGCGGCCCUGAACCUGUACCUCGGUCACUGGAGGGCUGAGUACAAAGUAAUCAAGAUGUAUUCCGGUAUGUUCACCCACUACAUCAAGCCGGUGAUGUCCAUGCCUCAGAUAGAGGAGCUGUUCGGCCUGCUGGGGUACCAGCACAGCUCCCGGCAGGAGCAGCUGCGCCUGGCCCGGGUCUCUGCUGCCUCUGUGGACCACCUCCUGAUUCUGUCCUGCGCCUUCUUCCUGGCUCGCUGCGAGUGUCGCCUCCUGCUGGCAGCUCUGGGGAGGCACGCUGGGGAGGCCCAGUGGGAGCUGGGGGUGGUGAGGGAGAGGCAGAGGGGACACUGCGUACAGGUUGCCCUGGACAACACCCAGAAGAACCUGGAUGUCAACCAGCAGUUUGACGGAGAAGGGGAGAUAGAUCUGUACACGGAUGAGCACAAUAAAGGGGGGCGAAGGGAGACAGUUGUCACUGGCGACGAGAGUCCCCGUCCUUUAACCUGGAUGACUCAGAGCAGUGCACCCACCCCCACUGUGAAAACAUACAGCAACGGACUGGCGUCGUUGUCUUCCACGUCCCCCUCUCAGUCCGCCAGAGAGCAGGUCUGCGUCUCUACACUCAACUGCCAGCUAAGCAAGACCUCCCCCCUGGAGUCAGACACUUCCAGGAGCUCCUCAGCUGGCGGAAGGCAGGGCCCCCAUCCCAGGUUUGACAAAUUGGACUCACAGUCCCGCAGUCUGCAGUUAGACGUGAGUGGUUAUCGCCACAGAGAGGCUGAAGCCGACCACAGCUGCAUCUGCCUCCAAUCUGCUCAGCUCUGCCUCAGAGUCUGCACUGAAUGCAACGCCUUGCACGACUCCGGCUGCACCAUGAUGGAUCUCUGCUGCAAGCAGAAGCACCAGGUGGAGAUUCCUGACAAUACAACAAAAGAAUUGAGAGCUCCGUCUCCGCAGGGACAGAGCCUCAGAGUGAGUGAUAUGAGCGCAUCGCUAACUCCCAGCAGCAACGCAGCCAUGUCCUCCUUAGCCCUGCGUGAUGAGCAUAAAUCAAUAAGUCAAUCUCUUCAUCGGAUCACUUACCAUGACUGCUGCAACCUCGCCAAGCCGGACCCCCAGGUCCUGUGUCUCAGCUGCAGCGUCUUUCACUCUGGUUCUUGCAAAGGGAUAAAGUUCUGCGAGAUGGAUCACGAGAUCCGGCCCCUGGGCAAGUGCUCCUGCGGUAGGAAGUGCUUUAGGAACCCUCUGGUUCUGUGCAGAUAUUGUGGAAAUGAGUAUUGUAGCGAUUGCUGGUACAGAAAUCCUCUCACCUGCGGGUGUGGCCAGACCUUUGAUGAGUCCUCUUCUGUGUGAUUUGUAAUUGAAAAGUAUUGCACCAAUCAGGCACAAAUAGCAAAAUCAGUGCCUUAAAUCUGCAUACUGUUCACAGAAUCAAAAGAAAAUCUAAACUGUGCCUUGCCACAGAACCGACAUGUAGUACUGAGUGUGUCUGAUUUUUCUAUUAUGGUCUUCUCUCUGAGACUCUCCACUCUUAUCAUUCAGUUAUUAUGUAAGUGCCAUAUGAACCAUAAUCGCCAUUUUGGAAGCGUUGUAUAUUGUCAAACAGGAAGUUGUGAUACAGUUUGUGCUCUUUGGUGCCCAAAUGUAAUUUAGUGUCAAGCACAAGGAUGUUUGCUCUUACACGUCUGCUGCCUGCACAGAAGAGUAAAAAAAAAAAGGUCAAAGAGCCAGUUGUCUGUGUGAUGUUUUCAUGAGACAGGAGGAACAAACUUUGGUGAAAGUGGAGUUAUGUACCAAUAAAACUCUGGAAAAGUA